GGAGAGUAGUAGAGUGGCGUGAGAUCGGGCUUAGUUGGAACGUCACAUCAAGUUCCCCAAAAAGGCGAGUUUAGGCACAAGAGUGCCACGAAACCAACUCCCAACACUCCCAGAUCCGGCGUGCACUCUUUCUCCUCUCUCUGUCUCUCUCAAGGCAAGUGUGGUAGAUACACACUACAAAAUGAAAAUAGACAAUUUCUCUUAGGAGACUCUUCUUUUAGGUCCCCUCCCCUCGCUCACUCAUCCCCAUCUUCUACAAGAGACAAAAACAAACACAAAAUCUUAAAUGAAAGUUAAUCUAUAACAAAAAACAGUUAAACAAAGACAAAAAAGGUUCAGUGUUUGUUGUGGUCAGGUCAUGUGUGUGUUAUGGUUGACAAGGGCAUAAUCGUCAUUCACUAUUCCUUUCUCUCUCUCUUUUUUGUUCUCCUCUUUUCCUCCUCCUAAGUCCUAAUGUGGUUGAUUCAAUCGGCGGCGGUGGUUCAAAUGCCGGAGCAGUUUUCCUUUCACGGACUUGUCCGGGACUCGCAUUUACCCGCCGCCGUUAUUUAGUUAAAAAAGCAAUUCUAAGAAAAUAACUCAUUGAAAUUUUCAAAGAUAUUAUCAGUGAAAAGGAAAUUACAUUAUCACUCAUUGAGAACCCUAGAAAUCAUCUGUAUUAGAGUAUAGUAAUUUGUUUGUAAAUGAAAGCUCUAAGACGAAGUCAGACUUCAUCGUCUUCAAAUUCACCUUCACCAUCUCCAUCUUCACCAUCUUCGACGACAGCGACGACGACAACAGCAUCGGCGUCAUCAUCAUCGUCGUGGAUUCAUUUGAGAUCAGUUCUAUUUGUUGUUGCUCACUCUUCACCAGCUUACUGUUCUUCCUCUGAUCGUGGUCAUCUCAAAUCACCAUGGUCUCGUAGAAAGAGAAAACAUGCCCUUGCUCCUCCGCGGUGGAGAAGGUCUUUUACACCUGAUGGAAAACUUCGUAAUGGAGGAGUUAAAUUUCUAAAGAAAGUUCGAAGUGGAGGAGUUGAUCCUAGCAUCAGGGCGGAGGUUUGGCCUUUUCUUCUCGGGGUCUAUGAAUUGGACAGUUGCAAAAAAGAAAGAGAUAAUAUAAGAAAAAAGAACAGAAAGGAAUAUGAGAGACUUCGGAGGAAAUGCUGCCAACUACCGAGACACAACAGUGAAGCCUUUAAAAUGAAAGUGAUGGAUGGAAUUGGAAGCAGCGGAAACAGUGGAAAUCUCAUGGAAGGGAUGGAUUUCCCCGAUUAUGAAGAUGUUGUCAGUGCCCUGGAAUCCCACUCUAGUGGGGACAGAAGCCCAUUUGUUGAUGAUUCAGACAAUCAGGGGAAUUUAAUGUUGGAUGAAUUUUCUAGUUCCAAACGAGCCAUGGACUCAAAUGAUGUCUCUGACUCUGAAUCGUCUGAUUCUGAUUCCUCUGCAGAUCAUGAUGUGAGUAAUACUUUCUUCUCUAUAAGAAGCAUAUAUGAGAAUAUAGGCGAAGUGCAUUCUAAGGAGGACUCUUCUCCUUCAAAGACAGAAGUCCAGAAUGAGCGCUGCAAUGCAGAAGAUUUUGCUACAUGGCAACGAAUAAUUCGGGUUGACGCAGUUCGUGCUAAUGAAGAAUGGAUAGCAUAUUCCACACCGCAGGCUGGAGUAGUAUCAGAUGGCCUUGCACGCUGUUCUGCGCAGGCCGUUGGAUUGAAGGACUAUGAUCACCUAGAGCCCUCAAGGAUCUUCCAUGCUGCUCGGUUAGUUGCCAUCCUUGAAGCGUAUGCGCUUUAUGACCCUGAAAUUGGCUAUUGCCAGGGAAUGAGUGAUUUGCUUUCACCAAUAAUUACUGUGAUGACAGAGGACCAUGAAGCGUUUUGGUGCUUCGUUGGUUUCAUGAGGAAGGCUCGACAUAACUUCAGGCUUGAUGAGGUUGGAAUUAGGAGGCAACUAAAAAUUAUUUCUAAGAUUAUCAAACAUAAAGAUUCACAUCUGUAUAGGCACUUAGAGAAACUCCAAGCAGAGGAUUGUUUUUUUGUGUACAGGAUGGUGGUAGUUCUCUUCAGGAGGGAAUUAACUUUUGAGCAAACACUCUGCCUAUGGGAGGUAAUGUGGGCAGACCAGGCUGCUAUUAGGGCUGGGAUUGGGAAGUCUGCAUGGAGUAGGAUUAGGCAGCGUGCCCCACCAACAGAUGAUCUUUUGCUUUAUGCAAUUGCAGCAUCUGUAUUACAGAGGAGGAAACAAAUCACUGAAAAGUAUAGUAGCAUGGAUGAAAUUUUAAGGGAGUGCAAUAACAUGGCUGGUCAUCUUGAUGUAUGGAAGCUACUAGAUGAUGCCCAUGAUUUGGUGGUCACUCUCCAUGACAAGAUAUAGACACCUUUCAUAUAGUGCCUUCCAAGAUUGUAUACCACUAAUUUAUUCUCUUUGCUAAAUUCAGCAUUGAUGAGUUGGUGUUCUUCAAUUCUUGUUUUUGUGGUGAGAAAGGAUUUUCUACCUGGCAAGUGACAACAUUGCUGCUGCUGCUCAUUUUUGGUCAGAGAUCGGGAACAUCUGUAACUCGUAACUCUGCUGAGUACAGGCAUUGCUAUUUGCUUGAUUUCAGUGUAGUCAUUAUUAGAAAGCCUGAUUUCCAGACUUGUCUACCAUGCUCAAUAUAUAUCUUUGAAGUUCUCAGUUUAUGAUUAA